UCUAUCGGGUGUGAGGGAAGUGCCAGAGGUGAUGUGAAGCCUCCUUCAGCCUUUAAGCCAAACAAGAACCUCUCCAUGAAGCUGUGUAAUCAGAGGAAGAAGCAGAAAACAACACAGAUGACUAUUUUUCAGCUCGUCCCCAUCUCCAUAGCCUGGAAAUUUCACCACAUCUUGAAAAACACCGACUAGGAGAAAGAUUUAUGGAAUCCGCCUGUGAAAGAGAUCCAGGAUCUCCCAGCCUCCCACCCAAUCAAGAGGAUUCAGUUCUGGGAAAUUGGCUUGAGUCUAGGAACUGGACUCCUGUGAUGAGGUACAUUUGAUGGUAUCCCUGAGGCUCGUUGGGAUCUCAAACUUUAGCACAUAUCAGAGUCACCUGGAGGGUGUGUGAAAAUGCAGUUUGCUGGACCCCAUCCUCAGAGUCUCAGAUGUGGACUGAGAAAAGCGGGAAAAUGAAGGGGGCUAUUCCAAGCCAGGCUCCCUCCAGCUGUUCCUUUGACCCAGGUGUUGGACAUAGGAAAAUGUCGCCCUGCAGCCUCACACAGAUCCUGCACCCACCCAGACAGCUGGCGCUCACACAUUUGCCGUAGGCCUGCCUCUGUUCACCCUCCAUGGCUCUGCUACUGGCCCUCAGCCUGCUGGUUCUCUGGACUUCCCCAUCCCCAACUCUGAGUGGCACCAAUGAUGCUGAAGACUGCUGCCUGUCUGUGACCCAGAAACCCAUCCCGGGGUACAUCGUGAGGAACUUCCGCUACCUUCUCAUCAAGGAUGGCUGCAGGGUGCCUGCUGUAGUGUUCACCACACUGAGGGGCCGCCAGCUCUGUGCACCCCCAGACCAGCCCUGGGUAGAACGCAUCAUCCAGAGACUGCAGAGGACCUCAGCCAAGAUGAAGCGCCGCAGCAGUUAACCCAUGACAGCGCCAGAGGGAGCCCGGAGUCCGAGUGAAGCAUUGUGAAUUAUUACCUAACCUGGGGAACCAAGGACCAGAAGGAAGGACCAGGCCUCCAGCUCCUCUGCACCAGACCCGACCAGCCAGGACAGGGCCUGGGGUGUGUGUGAGUGUGAGUGUGAGCGAGAGGGUGAGUGUGGUCAGAGUAAAGCUGCUCCACCCCCAGACUGCAAUGCUACCAAUAAAGCCACCUGGUGUUUACAACUAAUUGAUCACAACCCGUUACAGAUUUCUUUGUUCUUUCUCCACUCCCACUGCUUGACUAGCCUAAAAAAAAAAAAAAAAAAAAAA